CUCUUUGUCAAUCCUAUUUUCUCUUUUCAUUUUCCCACUUCUUACCUCUACCGGCUCCCUUUGGUAGUCUCUUGACCACGUUGAUUCCUCGGGGCCUGUCAGUGCUUUCAAUAAGUGGAGCAUAUCGGAUGGUUGAAAGGGACAGGGUGUAUUUUUUGCUGGCUGUAUCAAUUCGUUUCUUCUUUUCUUUGAUUAUUUGGCGGGGGUUUAGCUUUUGUCGUACCAUACAUACCACACGCCAGCAUACCACACGUUACUAUUCUCUGUAUAGAUACUUUCUUUUAUCCAUGCGUGUGAUCUCAUGGGAUUUAUUUUAUUACUACUUGGGUGGUAUGGACUAGGAACUAGCAUUGAUUGCAUUUUCAUGAGGACCUACAGAAGCCA